CAUAACUCUUCUGUUCUUGGUCAUGCAGAUGUCCUGAGGACACAUGGCUCAGGAAAACUGCACACAGGUGACAGAGUUUAUACUUGUGGGCCUCAUGGACCGCCAGGAGUUGAAGAUGCCCCUCUUUGCAGCCUUCCUCUCCAUCUAUAUUUUCACAGUCGUAGGCAACCUGGGUUUGAUCCUGGUCAUCAAAACAGACUCGAGGCUCAGCACACCAAUGUACUUCUUCCUUAGCAACCUGGCUUUUGUUGAUUUCUGUUACACCUCGGUCAUCACGCCCAAAAUGCUUGGUAAUUUCCUGUACCAAAGAAACGUAGUCUCCUUCCAUGCCUGUGCUGCUCAGUUAGGCUGCUUUCUUACCUUCAUGGUUUCAGAGUGCCUGCUCCUAGCCUCCAUGGCCUAUGAUAGGUACGUGGCUAUUUGUGACCCUCUGCUCUACAUGGUCAGAAUGUCGCCGAGCCUCUGUACUCAGCUGGUAGCCAUACCCUAUGGCUACAGCUUCCUGAUGGCACUGUUCCACACUAGCCUGACCUUCCGCCUCUGCUACUGCCACUCGAACAUCAUCAAUCACUUCUACUGUGACGACAUGCCUCUCCUCAGGCUCACAUGCUCGGACACUCGCUCCAAACAGCUGUGGGUCUUGACCUGUGCUGGGAUCACAUUCAUUUCCUCUGUCCUGAUUGUCUUCGUCUCCUACGUGUUCAUCAUUUCUGCCAUCCUGAGGAUGCACUCGGCUGAGGGAAGACACAAAGCCUUCUCCACCUGUGGCUCCCACAUGCUGGCAGUGACCAUCUUCUAUGGGACCCUGAUCUUCAUGUACCUGCAACCCAGCUCUCACCACUCCCUGGACACCGAUAAAAUGGCCUCUGUCUUCUACACCACGGUCAUCCCCAUGCUGAACCCUCUGAUCUACAGCCUCCGGAACAAGGAUGUCAAAGAGGCUCUGAAGAAAGCAGUCAGCAGGAGCAGCCAGGCUUCUGUGUUCGUGAAACUAAGAAAAUGA